AAACUUGAUUUCAGACAGCUCCAGAUCCAAACUAGCGGAUGGAGUGAAUCCACGCACACAGCGCAACCGAUAUAGGUAGUUAGGUGAAAGGAGCACCAGUUGAACACACAUUUUCGAAAUCAUUCACAGCUCAGUCCAGCACAGACCCUCUCUAUAUUGCCCGUAUAAGCAGUGUAGAAUCAGUGCAAAACAUGCCCGUAACAAAAUCCUUUACGUGGCACACGGUUCGUAAUUUGUUGAUUGUGUUCACCCUCUUUGGAGGCUAUCUGGUACGGUUGGUUGGCACACAGGACACCGAAGCUCCGGCACGGCCAUGGUACGAAAGCCUACCUGCCGUCGCCAUGGAUUACAAGGUGCAUAUCGAGGCGGGCAAAGAGGACUGCUACUUUCAGUAUGUCCAGCCGGGUAGCACUUUCUACGUCAGCUUUCAGGUAAUCCGAGGAGGAGAUGGAAUGGCCGGAUUUGCAGUGCGAAAUCCCCGAGGAGAGAUUGUCCACCCAUAUCAGUGGCAGGCAUCCAGUGACUUCACCGAUGGAUCUUCAAUGGGAGGAUACUAUGCGGUGUGUAUUGACAAUCAAUUUGCCAAGUUUGCUAGCAAAUUGGUAAAUCUUUACCUGACCGUGAUCCGAUAUGACGAGUGGGAGAAGUACACGAAAGAGAUUGAGGAUCUGAAUGUCAACAUGAAUAAUUUCACGAAUACCAUUUCUACUGUGGAACGAAAUUUGAACGCAAUGUUCCAGUACCAGGCUUACUCGCGGAACACAGAGGCACGAGACUACGCACUUAUCAUAGACAACAACUCAUACGUACAACGCUGGUCGAUCCUGCAAAUCGUGGUCAUCGUCUUGACCACAUCGGUUCAGGUGUACUUCGUGAGAAAAUUGUUCGAUAUCAAGACCGGUUCCAGCAAAAUGAGAAUCUAGACGGUCGGCUAAGGACUACUGUGUGUAUGAAUGGUUGUGACACAGCAGCAGCAGCAUGUGCGAUUUGUUUAUCAUUCCAAGCGUGAUCCUAGAUGCACUCUGCAGCAUUUCGAAAUCUUCCGAAGAAAUAUUCAUACUUAAGGGAGUACCUAUUUACAUUAUUUUGCGUAUGAUACAAUGAUUUUCCAAUGAAAUGAAACAGUACGACUUUCUGUUUAAAUUGUAGCAACAAGAAAAGUGAUAACGAUCUGUCUGUUCAUCCACGCGUAACGAUUGUUGGUUUUUAGUAAUAAAAUAUGUGAAAACAGUGA